AUGGCAUCUUUUCUCACUAGUUUUAUAGCACUUGCUCUCACUAUAUUUUCUUACAAUUUACCUUUUUACGAUGCUUUACAAGUUACAUAUGAUAAUCGCGCCUUAAAAAUUAAUGGUCAGAGAAAACUCAUCAUUUCUGGUUCCAUUCACUAUCCUCGUAGCACAGCUCAAAUGUGGCCCUCUUUGAUCAAAAAGGCAAAAGAGGGUGGUGUCAACACUAUAGAAACUUAUGUUUUUUGGAAUGCUCAUGAGCCUAAUUACCGUGAGUAUGAUUUUUCGGGAAAUAAAGAUUUGAUACAGUUUCUCAAGGCAAUAAAAAAUGAAGGGCUUUACACCAUGCUAAGAAUAGGUCCAUACGUUUGUGCAGAAUGGAAUUUUGGAGGAUUUCCUAUGUGGUUACACAACAUGCCAAACACAACUCUCAGAACCAACAAUGCAGUAUUCAUGAGGGAGAUGGGAAUCUUCACAAAGAAAAUUGUAGACAUGGUAAAAGGAGAGAACCUUUUUGCUAGUCAAGGGGGAAGUAUUAUCCUUGCCCAGAUUGAAAAUGAGUAUGGGAAUAUUAUAUCGCAUUACGGAGAAGAAGGAAAGAAAUAUAUAAAUUGGUGUGCGGAUUUUGCUCUUUCUCUGAAUAUUGGAGUGCCUUGGAUCAUGUGUCAAGAGGAUGAUGCUCCAAAAACUAUGAUUAAUACCUGCAAUGGAUUUUAUUGUGAUCAAUUCUGGCCUAAGAACAAUAACCCUAAAUUUUGGACUGAAAACUGGAGUGGCUGGUUUAAGAACUGGGGUGAUAGAGACCCUCACAGACCUGCGGAAGAUCUUGCAUUUGCUGUUGCUCGUUUUUUCCAAUAUGGUGGAUCUCUACAAAACUACUAUAUGUACCAUGGUGGAACAAAUUUUGGAAGGACAUCAGGUGGACCAUACAUUGCUACAACAUAUGACUACAAUGCUCCCCUCGAUGAAUAUGGUAAUGUGAACCAACCAAAGUGGGGGCAUCUCAAGGAACUCCAUAACCUUUUAUAUUCUUUGGAGGAUGUACUUUUGUAUGGCAAUGCAACCAACACAGAUUAUGGAAGGAUGAUGUCUUCAACAGUGUAUGAGUACAAGGGGAAAAGGGUAUGCUUCUUAGGAAAUGCAAAUGACAAAGAUGACAUAUCCAUCACCUUUGAAGGCAGGAAUUACACCACACCAGCAUGGUCGGUCACAAUUCUCCCUGACUGCAAAACCGAAAUUUAUAACACAGCCCGGGUUAAUGCUCAAACAACUGUGAUGGUAAAGAAGCUAAGUGAAGGGCAAUUGAAAUGGUCAUAUAGGCCUGAAACUGUUAUGCAUCUCAAGUUUGGUGACAAAGAUCAAAGCUCAGUAUUGAUAGAUGCUCUUGAUGCCAAACAACUAUUUGAUCAGAAAACUGUGACAAAUGAUACUACUGAUUACUUGUGGUACAUGACAAGUUUCAAGGUAGAUGAGAAUAGUCCAAUUUUAGGACAGGAGCUUACUCUUCAAGUUAACACAAAAAGCCAUGUCCUCCAUGCCUUUUUUAACAACAAGCACAUUGGUUCUCAAUGGGCACAAGAUGACGGAAAGUUUGAAUUUUCAUUUCAAAGAAAUGUGAAAAUCCGAGAAGAUAUCAAUACAAUUUCUUUACUCAGUGAAACUGUCGGACUACCCAACUAUGGAGAAUUUUUCGAAAAGGUAGGACAAGGAGUUGUUGGACCAGUUAAGAUAGUUGAACCAAAUGGUGAAGGAUUGGAUUUAUCAAAAAACACAUGGACAUAUAUGGUCGGAUUACAUGGAAUUUCUAAAGGACUUUUUGAACUUGAUGACCGCAAUAAGUUAACAUGGCACACAUCUGACUUCCAAACAGACAGAAUGUUUAUUUGGUACAAGACAUUCUUUAAGACCCCCACGGGGGAAGACUCUGUGGUGUUGGAUUUGAAAGGAAUGGGGAAGGGAGUGGCUUGGGUGAAUGGACAUCACAUUGGUAGAUACUGGCCAUCCUUCCUCGCCAAAGCCGAUGGCUGCCCUCAAUGUGACUAUCGUGGAAACUAUGGCGGAUCAAAAUGUGGAGCCGGUUGUGGUAAACCUUCACAACGAUGGUACCACGUUCCACGUUCCUUCCUACGAAAAGGGAACAACCAAUUGGUUUUGUUCGAAGAGAUGGGCGGUCGUCCUCAAGAAGUUAGGGUUCAAACCGUAACAGUAGGAACCAUAUGUGCCAAUGUAGAGGAAGGAAACACAUUGGAGUUGUCUUGCCAAGGAGGAGGCAGAAAGAUCUCGAAGAUCAACUUUGCUAGCUUUGGUGAACCAAAAGGCAGCUGCGGCUCCUUUGAAACAAGCCAUUGUGAUGCCACCAACGCCAUGCCAGUGAUUCAAUCGGCUUGUGUGGGGAAGGAGAAGUGCACUCUCCAUGUCUCUGAUGCCCUUUUCGCAACCACAACCUGCAGCAAAUCCAAGAGAAGGCUUGCUGUUGAAGCUACUUGUUAGUGUGUUGGCUUAGAUUAGAUUAUGUUACCUAGUUUUAUGUUUAGAUUUU